AUCCGCGACAAAUCGGGAAGAGGACGGUUGACGAUUGUCAGUUUUAUUUACCGUUAAUUUCAAUUCAAAUGCAUUUCUGAAUAACGGUCUUUUGAUAAAUCAAAACUCCCGUGAAGACGAGGCUGAAAAUCACUUACUUGAAGUUCAAUGCAGUCGUGAUCGCCGUCCUUACUUGUGUCCUGGUUCCGCGUCAAUGAAAAUGCCGGAUUUUGUUAGCCGAGGUCCUCGGAAAGGUUGCCAUGGCGUCUCCAGGGGGACACGCUGGAGGAGCGGUGUCUACACGAGGAGGGGCCGGGGCUAGAAGAAUGAAAUGGGCCUUGGAGAUGAGUCUAGGAAAUACUAGAAAUCGGGGUGACCGACAGAGCAGCCAAGGGGACACUCUGUACCCUAUUGGAUAUUCAGACAAGCCUGUUCCUGACACCAGUGUCCAGGAGGCCGAUAGGAAUUUGGUGGAAAAGAGGUGUUGGGAUGUGGCCCUGGGUCCCCUGAAGCAGAUUCCAAUGAAUCUGUUUAUUAUGUACAUGUCUGGCAACACUAUCUCCAUCUUCCCCAUUAUGAUGGUGUGCAUGAUGGCCUGGAGGCCCAUCCAAGCCCUUAUGUCCAUGUCUGCCACUUUUAAGUUGUUGGAGAGUUCCAGUCAGCAAUGGCUUCAGGGACUGGUCUAUCUCAUUGGCAACCUCCUGGGGUCAGCGUUGGCCAUCUACAAGUGUCAGUCAAUGGGACUAUUACCUACACAUUCUUCUGAUUGGUUAGCCUUCAUUGAACCGCCUCAGAGGAUGGAGAUAAUGGGUGGAGGUAUGGUCUUGUGAAGAAAAAUUCAGCAAUAACAUACACAGUCUAUGAAUCCUGGACCUCCUGGCGAUCAAACUUUGAAACUGCUGUUUUUCUUUAUUUGACUGCAUUAUCCGUUCCCAGAUUUCCUGCUGCACAGUUUUUCCCAAUAAAGAUUUUCACUGUUAAAAACAA